CAAAAACCAUUGAUCGAGUACUGUCAGUCAGAAGGAGGCGAGGAUGUUCUAGUACUUGCUUUCCUCCAUGUUUUUAACAGCGCAUCUACAGGUCUACCCCAAAUGGAUCUUUCCAAUCAAUGUACUCCAAGCAAUGCCUUCCCAGGCACAUCCUUGCUUCACUGCCCUGAUACAGGAAAAGGUGUAAAGCAUUGUCAGUCCAAAGGGAAGGCAGUUUUGCUAUCGUUGGGAGGAGCUGCAGGCGCAUACGGCUUUAAGGAUGAUGCAGAAGCUAGAGAGUUUGCGCACUUGGUAUGGAAUCUCUUUCUUGGAGGUACAUCUGACAAGAGGCCCUUAGACGACGCUAUCUUAGAUGGCGUAGAUCUAGAUAUCGAAGCCGGAGCACCCGUUGGUUACUCAGCUUUCGUUGAUGAGCUUCGCUCGCUGUUCGCGACAGACUCGCAUAAGCGUUAUUUCAUCUCGGCUGCUCCACAGUGUCCUUUUCCAGAUGCCUUCCUUGGGGAGACGCUGCAGACCACUUGGGUGGAUAUGGUCUUUGUGCAAUUUUACAACAACUACUGCGGGGCUCAAGCCUUUGGAACGUACAAUUUCAAUUUCGAGGAAUGGCACAAUUGGGCAACUAGGACUUCAGUCAACAAAAAUGUCAAAAUAUAUUUUGGCGUCCCUGCCAGCAAUACAGCAGCCAAUGCGGGUUAUGUGGCGCCGGAACGACUAGGAGAGAUCAUUGAUACUCUUCGUUGCAAGUACAGUUCAUUCGGAGGUGUAAUGAUAUGGGAUGUAUCACAAUCAUACAGGAAC